AUGCCCAACUAUUCCAAGCUAACUGGACAGGACCUUUUGCGGGGUCAUCACCAUGUGCAGCAUGUAGGCGGAGCACACUGCAGCCGGGACUUUCAUGAGUUCUGUCACAGUGGCUAUGACUACAUUUGUGACACCACAGAGCCCACCUUGCAUUGGAGCAAGGACUGUGGUGUCAUGUACUACUUGUCACCGGGGUCUGGUACAGGCUGGCACAUUUACAAGUACAUGUUGGGGAAGCCACCGGAGGGCUGCAAGCCCGGGGAGCACUGCGCGGCCUGUGCUGAUCCUCCGGGUGAGGUUUCGUGUACCGUCCAGCUUCAUGGCGGUGAUUGCAAG